UUUUAUUGCGAUUGACGAAAGAAAUAAUGAAGUUGUAUCUGAAGCUCAGACAAUCUCACAGAAAAGACAAGUUCCUCAUCAAUAUCGUAUUCUUCGAUCUUCGGUGUCAAUGCGAAGUUUUUCGCCACGUUCAUUUGCAAAAAGAUCAAGCACAGUAAAUGAACUUUCCGCACCGGUGCUAAAGAUGGCAUCAAAGAAAGUUGGAAAAAAGUCAUUGUCAAUUUCAAAUAGUGCGGCCGACAAUCGAGAAAUUGUAGUCGAACAUAGAGAACCACAUACUGUAAAUCUAUAUGAAUUUUUAAGUCUACAAUCAUUUGAUGAAAUCAAAAGAGCAGGUUAUAUUGAAGAAUUUGAAGAAAUAUUAACUACUUGUAUUGCUAUAGCUUAUCUUGAAGUUGUUUUAUUUGAAAAAUUUAAGGAUGAAUGUGAAAUGUGUCAUGAAAAGGCUUGUAAAUGCUUUAAAGAAAAUGGUUGGAGAUGA